GUAGUUGUCAGUGUGGACCAUUGUUAGGUUAUAGUGCUACCUGACGGCCAGGUACCAGUCGUUUGGCUGCCCAGAAUCGCACAAUUUUUUUUGCCACACGACAGUAAUUAAUAUUGAACUUGUAGCUAUGUUCUAGGUGAGGUUUUUGUCGCAUUUUGACUGUAAAUUUCGUGUGAAUUAGCUCCUCGGGUGGGCUACUGUGCGGUCAGCUAGCUAGCUAACGACAACGUCAUAAGAAGAAAAUCGCAACAAAACGUGUCUUUCGGCUGACACGACAGUAUUUGUGGAAUAAAACACGAAAAGUACUAGAAUGAAUGUGGCUAAAAGCGGUUACCGUGUCUUUUCCGCCAACUCUUCCGCAGCAUGCACAGAAUUGGCCAAGAAGAUAACGGAGCGGCUGGGAGUUGAACUGGGCAAAUCUGUGGUCUUUCAAGAAUCUAACAGUGAGACCAGAGUGGAUGUGAAAGAAUCUGUUCGUGGACAAACUAUUUUCAUUAUCCAGACCAUACCAAGAGAUGUCAACACGGCCAUUAUGGAGCUGCUGGUUAUGGCUUAUGCCCUCAAGACGUCUUGUGCAAAGAACAUCAUUGGCGUCAUCCCUUACUUCCCCUAUAGCAAGCAGUGCAAGAUGAGAAAGAGGGGCUCGAUAGUAUGCAAGCUGUUAGCGUCAAUGUUAGCUAAAGCAGGAUUAACACACAUCAUCACCAUGGACUUGCAUCAGAAGGAGAUCCAGGGCUUCUUCAGCUUUCCAGUGGAUAACUUGCGUGCCUCCCCUUUCUUGAUUCAGUACAUCCAAGAAGAGAUUCCUGAUUACAGAAAUGCCAUCAUUGUUGCAAAGUCCCCUGCUGCGGCUAAAAGGGCUCAGUCUUAUGCAGAACGGCUGCGUCUGGGUCUGGCUGUGAUUCAUGGCGAGGCUCAGUGUUCAGAGUCUGAUAUGGCUGAUGGGAGACACUCCCCACCAUGUGUACGCAACACCACAGGACACACAGGACUGGAGCUGCCUUCAGGCAAACAACAAGCUCCGUUCCCUGGCAUAGAGCUUCCAAUUAAAUAUCUGGACUCAUCUUGCCAAUCAACACAUGGUGCACCCAUAAUAAUGAUGGCCAAAGAGAAACCUCCGAUUACUGUUGUUGGAGAUGUGGGUGGCAGAAUUGCAAUUAUUGUGGAUGACAUUGUAGACGAUGUUGGAGACUUUGUUGCAGCUGCAGAGAUCCUGAAAGAGAGAGGAGCCUAUAAAAUUUAUAUUAUGGCCACACAUGGUUUACUUUCUGCUGAUGCUCCACGUCUCAUAGAGGAAUCAGCCAUUGAUGAGGUGGUGGUGACCAACACAGUGCCCCAUGAAGUACAGAAGCUGCAGUGUCCAAAAAUCAAGACGGUGGAUGUGAGCAUGAUAUUGGCUGAAGCUAUCCGCCGCAUCCACAACGGAGAGUCCAUGGCGUAUUUGUUCCGCAACAUCACUGUGGACGACUAGAGUGUCAAAAUAAGAGCUGAGGUGGGUGUCAGCGAUAGAGAGCUCCCUUCUGCCCAGUUCUGUCACAACCUACUACUGUCAUGUUAAAUGUAUUGUGGAUGUCAACAUUACAUGCAUCCUGAUUAAUUUAAAGAAAUUGAAGUCUAUAAAUCACCCAAAAUUAUUUAUCCUCUUACCAAAACUUGUUGAAAUGUAUGUCUUCAGAUGAGUCAGAAAAUGCAUGUGGUGGCUGAUUGAGAAAAGGGUUAUACCAUCACGCAAACAAGACUUAUUGCAGUUAUAUUCUUGAAGCCUCAAUUCUUUUCUUGUCUUGCAGCGGUCACUCUUUGUUUAACUUGAACAAAAGAAGCUUUGUAUUUAUAAAGUUAUUUUGUCAUACACUACAGUACCUCAUAUUUUGUGACUGAGCGUAUUCUGCAAAAAAAAACAAAAAACGAUAAAUGUCUCCAAUAAUUGGAAUUUGUGCUUUAGCAACCAUUUUUCCAACAGCCUUGCUGGCUCUGGUGAUCAGAGCUGCUCAGGCACUGUGAGUUCUUUGCAUUUAAUGAGGUGUGCUGCUUCUAUCCACGAAAGAAGGACUUCUCAGAAACUAUAUUUUUAUGCAGCUUUUUUGCACCAUUUGUAGGAAUGUUUGGUAAAAAUGUUCUGUGUGGCAGAAGAAGUUUAUCAUCAGAGUUAAAUAGGCUAUCUUUUAUAUAUUGUAUUUAUUAGUGAUCAGUUAAAAUAAGAUAUUUUUUCCUACAUACUUAUAGUAAUAUCUAGCCAAAAAGAUAGUUUCAGUUCAACAGUCUUAGGAAAUCUGCUUCAGAGAGAUUUACUAUUAUCUGGGUGCCACGUAGUUGAAUUAAAUUUGUGGUGUUCAAAGCAUUAAUAUCGUUUGAUUUUGGUUCACUCAGUGUUCAAAGCAGCAUCUGAGUAAUUUGGCCAUUAUUUAUGGCAAAACCAAGUAUUUAAACAUUCUACUGGCAUUGAUUUAGGGAUUCAAAUGUUACACCAUUUUCUUAACUGAUAAUUGAUAGCGUUAUCAGUCAAUAAUUGAUUAAUUGUGAAUGUGAACUAAAUUGAAUGGACUAAUUCCCAUAUGCUACAUGACUAUUUAAAAUACUUAACAUGUGACAUUUGCCGUUAAUGCAAUUUGGUUGCCUUAUCCCCUUGUUAUUAGAAUAGCUGACCCUGUAGGUUUCAGUGAGGCUUGAGAAUUUGAGCCCUGUCCGUAACCCAUUCAAUGUCACUGUAGUCUUUGUCAUGGUGGCCUAUUGCUGACUAAAUCCCCAUAGUGCUCUCACUAUUGAGAGGCUAAUGGACGAUACAUUUUCAGACGUGCGUCUCCUUCAUCCUCUGUUGUAUCGAUUAACUUUUUUGUAAUAGGUUAAAUUAUUAAUGGAAAUUACCCAAUUAGCCUGUAAUCUGUAACAUCUCUGCAUUGAUUUUACAUAAUUUUUUCUUCCAAUGAAAAUACCCUCUUACUACCUACAGUUCAAAAACACUAGCUCACCUGUGAUUCUGUUAAAACACUCUAAAACUACACUAAACUACACGUUUGCACAUUGCAAUGUUAGAGCGCUUCAACCAUAAAUGUCCAAACGGGAAAAGGAGACCCGCAAGUUGAUGGGAUUGGUUCCUUGGGUUUGUUACGUAAAAAAUUCUGAAAGUCUCAAUCCGUGUUUUUGAGACCAUGAUCAGCUGCAGCUUUCUUUUGAAAAUGCUAAACCAUGCUGUCGACUGCUGAUUUUACUCAGGGUGUAUUUUGUAACACAUAAAAAACACCAUUUGGACAUGCUAACAAGGUCAAAAACUUAAAUUUAAGCAGACGUAGACUGAAGAUUUGGACACCACAAAUAUAAUUCUCUUCGCUUCCACUGUGUUGCACUGCUAGCAGAAGGCUAACCGUGAAUGGCUACAUUCUAUAAGUGGGGAAAUGCUGUAAGUUUGUGUCAUUGGGUGACAUGACCGUUUAAUAUACUGUAUCACUUUAACCAGCUGAUGCUAACUGUUGUCUGACAGUGCCAACAUAUCACAUAUGAAUGACAUACUUAGUGACAGGGAAGUCCAUUUGGAUUUCUACGUUUUUCCCUAAGAUUCUGCAUUAUUACCAACUGCUACUGCAGUGUUGUCGCAGUUAAAUGCUGUUAUCCAGUAAUAAAAGUGUGGAAGGAUUUGAAAAGUCUUCUGGUCUGGUGUGUUGCUGGUUUGCUACUAACUGCUUUAUAGAACUUACGAUGAUUUUUUUUUUUUAAGCAGUGUAAUCAAUUUUUUUCCCUGGACAAAUUGAUUCUCAAUAUUUGAAAAAGUUUAAAAAGUAGUUAUCUGUGGUUUUGUAGUGAACAAACUUGGCUGCAUAGCAUCAUCAGAAGGUGGUGUUACAAGCUAUGUUACGCGUAGGUGGAAUAAACAGCAAAAAACACUUUAGCCACAAGUUGUAAUGUAAUUAUUUUUUUGUCAUGUUUGGUUUCCCUUUAAAUGCAUUAAUUCUUUUUUGAAAAAAAAAAAGACCAUUUUAAGUGAGUAAAAAUCAUUUUUUGAUGAAAUUGGGAACGUUUUCCUACAUUUUGCCGUUUCCAUUCCUUUUUUUAGAUGCGAUACUUCAAAAUGUGCGUUAAAAAUACAGCAUGGAAACACGGUUAUUGUUGUGGCAGCUUUUCUUCAUAGUGUUGAGAAUUGUAAAGGAUGAGUUGAUGUAUUUCAAGGUUCUGUAUCAAAUUUAGAAACUUCUGUAUCACAACGACACUACUUGGAAGCGGCGCAAAUUAUUGUUAAAAUUCUUUAAAUGCAAGCAACAGCUAUGUCCUUUUACUUUGUUGAUUUUUGUUUCUUUCUUUUUUGGAUUCUUAUUUGGAACAGUAUUUCUCAUAAAGGCAGUGCCUUAAAGCAACCAACUUUGAUUAUUAUCCCAAAAUAUACCAGAUCAGUAGACUUUGAAUUGGUCCAUGCUUGCAGCUGCAUGACCACUUUGGCAAAAUCCACUAUGAUGGUUUAUAUAAUUAGUUUUUUUGUUUAUGCUAUUUAUGGUAAAUUGGCAAAAAAAAAAAAAAGGUGGAAACAGCAGGAGGAUGUUGAUGUUGUCUGUGGCGUUUCCCUAUAAGACUUCUUGCCAUCUUUUUUUGUGCCCUCUGGGUGAAUUUCAGAGUGAUGCUAAUGUGGAAAUUAGUGGAUUCUAUGCUGAUUGAGCCUUUUGCUCAGGGAAAAUAUACUUUAUAAGCCAAUGCACAAUUCUUUUCUUUUGUGUUGCACAUGCAAAAAAAAAAAAGUUUGUUGAGAAUGUCUUCCAUGCAGCAAUACUGUACAUCUUAACCACUUGUUGAGUUUUGUGAUAGAUGCUGGAUAUUUCCUGAUUUGCUAGUAGAUGAAUAUUUGAAAGACAAACACGUUGGUGUCGUGCUGACACAAAGUUGGAUAAAUGCCGUUGCUAUGUCUGCUCAGAUUGCAUCUGUCGUUGGCCUGUUUCAUGAUGUCUUCCCUGUACUUGCUGUUCUUAUGACUCCUUCCCCGCACCCUUCUGUCUCACUCUGUGGUAUUUGUCAAUGUGUAUGAAAAUAAAACGGUUGCCUCUCA